GUCACAUGCCUACCCCUCUCACCGCCCUGCCCAGCCCGACGUACACAUGCGGAAGCUCCUCAUUCUCCCGCAUAUGAAGUUUCCAUGCCCAGGUGGCUCUAUUGCCCCAGACUUGACUGCAUGGAGCACAAUGCGGUCGAGUCUUUCAGCACGAUGCUGGCAAACCCUGCGUGCUCCCAGGCCACGAUUCUAUUCGGGCCAGCUUCCGCCAUGGCGGCCCGUUUCUGCUUUGGAUGAAUGGGCUGAGCGUGAGAUCCGCCCCAUCAGUCUUCGGCAGUUGACUUUCUUCGGCCGCACCUUGACCGAGCCACGACUUAUUAGCUCGGCGAACUAUGUACGCACGGAGCUACCCACUCGUCUUGCGCACCGUCUGCGAGAUAUCCAACAAUUGCCCUAUGUGGUUGUCGCCAACCCACACCUCUCCCUCGUAUAUGAAUUAUACUAUAAAGCUUUUGAGCGAUUUCGAGUGAUCCCCGAGAUCUGCAGCUUGGAAGACAAUAAUCGCUUCUGUGAUAUCCUGCGCGAGAUGCUCAAGGAGCAUCUUGUGGUGAUCCCCAAUCUGGCGACGGGAGUUUUGGAGUGUCGGGAUCUGUUUCCACCCGAUGAGAUGGACCGGUUGAUGAACACCCUCCUGCGAGCGCGAAUUUCCCGCCGCGUCAUUGCAGAGCAGCAUCUAGCCCUUACCGAGACUUUCAGCGCCCCGUGGCACUUCCCCGACUCUCACGAGAGAACUGACAUGAAUGCGGACUUUGUGGGUGAAGUUUUCCUGAAGUGCAAAGCCAAGGAGGUUGUCGAGAGAUGUGGAAGGGUUGCACAUGAUUUGAUGCGGAAGACGUCGCCAUCGAUUCAUCUCCCAGAGAUCAAGGUGCAGGGCCACGUGGACGCCACCUUCCCGUACAUCCUCAGCCACCUGGAGUAUAUCGUGGGUGAACUACUGCGCAACUCGGUUCAGGCCGUAACGGAGAAAUACGAGAAGUCCUCGCAACCUCCACCGCCCAUCGAAGUGCUCGUGUGCGAGACACCCCAACACGUGAUCAUGCGCAUCUCCGAUCAGGGCGGCGGGAUCCCUCGAGAGAUUCUGCCCUAUCUGUGGUCUUUCAGUAAGGGACCGCGCACGCAGUCACGGCUGCAAAACCUGGAACAGGUGCCUGCAAUGGCCGCGACAAUGCAAGAAUUGAAGGUGCCCGAUCGCUCGACGCGGGAUGCGAACUUCCACGAGGGAUCCUUAGAUAGCCUGACGUCGCGGCCUCCGAAUUUGCGACUGGGGAUGGGGCUGCCGAUGAGCCGGGUGUAUGCUGAAUACUGGGCCGGCAGCCUGGAGCUACAUAGCCUAGAAGGCUACGGGGUUGAUGCCUUCCUGCAGAUCUCGAAGCUUGGAAACAAGAACGAGCAGGUGACAACGCGGGCAGCCAUUGAUGCAGUGUGA